AUGAGCACAGCCAUCGCAAACACGGCCGUCAAGGCUCCAAAGCUGAGACGCAUUGCUCUCCUGGGCGCACGCGCUGUUGGCAAAUCGUCGAUGGUGAUCCAGUUUGUCGAAAACGUCUUUGUGGACUCGUAUUUCCCUACGAUCGAACGAACCUUCACAAAACCGAUUACAUAUCAUGGGCAACAAUACGAGGUCGAGAUCAUUGACACCGCUGGGCAGGACGAGUUCUCAAUUUUCAAUGGAAAACACGCAUUGGACGUACACGGAUACGUGCUCGUGUACUCUGUGACCAGCAAGCUGAGCUUUGACAUGAUUGGCGUUAUCCGGGACAAGAUCUUGAACUUCACGGGCACGGAUUGGGUACCGAUCGUUAUUGUCGGCAACAAGACCGAUCUCCAGGGACAGAGACAGGUCACCCGAGAGGAUGGCGAGGAUCUAGCCGCUCGAUGGAAGUGUCUUUCCUGCGAGACCUCUGCCAAGACUAAUAUGAACAUCGGACGGGCAUUCGAGCUGAUGAUUGCCGAAAUCGAAAAAUCAACCGACCAAGUGCCGGAGGAAAAGAAGGGUGAAUGCACCAUUCUUUAA